GACCGGAAGUCAGCCCGGCCUCUUGGCCCCAAGGGCGCCCAGCGUAUCCGCGGCGGCGGGCUGCCAAUCCGGUGAUGCACCCCGCAGGGCGGCUGGGGGGCACCGCGGCGCUGCGGCUGCUGCUGGCGGCACACGUGGCGGCGGCGUUCGAGCCCAUCACCCUGGGCAUCGCCAUCGGGACCGCAUCGGUCCUCACCGGCUACCUGUCCUACACCGAGCUGUUUUGCCGCUUCGCCGAGUGCUGCCGGGAGGAGCAGCCGCUCAACGCGUCGGGUACGGCGGCUGGAACUGGAGAGAGGCUGUUUGGGCAGCAUCUGGCCACAGAGGUGCUUCUCAAGGCGCUGACAGGCUUCAGGAACAACAAAAACCCCAAGAAAGCACUGACGCUUUCCUUACACGGCUGGGCUGGCACGGGCAAGAAUUUUGUCAGCCAGAUUGUGGCUGAAAAUCUUCACCGGAAAGGCCUGAAGAGCAACUUUGUCCACUUGUUCGUAUCGACUCUGCACUUUCCUCACGAGCAGCACGUAAAACUGUACCAGGACCAGUUACAGAGGUGGACGGGCAACGUGAGCGCCUGUGCCAACUCUGUGUUCAUCUUUGAUGAGAUGGAUAAGUUGCACCCGGGGCUCAUUGAUGCGAUCAAGCCGUUCCUGGAUUACUACGAGCAGAUUGAUGGCGUGUCCUACCGGAAAGCUAUCUUCAUCUUUCUCAGCAAUGCAGGCGGGGACCUCAUCACGAAGACGGCCCUUGACUUCUGGCGGGCGGGGAGGAGGGAGGACAUCCAGCUGAAGGAUCUGGAGCCGGUGCUGUCUGUCGGCGUCUUCAACAACAAACACAGUGGCCUGUGGCACAGCGGACUGAUAGAGAGGAACCUCAUCGACUACUUCGUCCCCUUCCUGCCCCUGGAGUACAGGCACGUGAAGAUGUGUGUGAGGGCGGAGAUGAAGGCCCGCGGCUCUGCCGUCGACGAGGACAUUGUCACCAAGGUGGCAGAGGAAAUGACAUUUUUCCCCAAAGACGAGAAAAUCUACUCAGACAAGGGCUGCAAGACGGUGCAGACGCGGCUGGAUUUCCACUGAGCUCUUGUCCUGGCGGCCCGAGACGCAGCUGGGAGCGCCGCGGCCCAGGGGCCUGGCCUUUGCAAGCACUUUGAAAGACCUCUUUGGGGUUUGCACGUUUGCACAUUGGCACCUGUGAACUUGGGGGAUGUGGAAGGUUCUAAGGCCCGGGUUGGGAAAUGACCCUUCAUCUGUCAAGUGCACUUGUCAUUUUGCAACAUGGUAGCAACCCCGACGGUUCACUGCAGCCAAAGAUGAACUUUUGAAAUGCCCCCUCCCCCGACUUAACUGGCCUUGACACAAGUGCCUUGAAACAGCUGUGCAAGUGAGACCUAGGGCUGUUUCUGACCCAGUGGCACCCACACCCCAGAAGCUGAACUGAAAGUUUCAAGGGCCCCGCUGCCAUCCGGAGAACACUGAGUUUUCACCCUCCAGAAACAUUCUGCUGCUCUGUUGCUUCUCUACAGCACGUGUUCGCUGACUUGACGUAUUUUCACUUAAAACCGGCAGCACCUUCAGGCAGUGUCGAUGGCAGGACGCAGGCCUGCGGGCAGAGCGCUCAGCCAGUGAACCGUCUGCCUGUGGGCCAGGGCUCCAUGCCAGGCCCCUGCAGCCCAGGAGGACGGCCACGACUUCCGCCUGUCCAUCACUGUGGCUGCUGAUUGCAGCCCUGGUCAUGGGUCACUUGGGUAGGGACGGUGACCUUCCUUGUAUGGCUUGAACUCCUGAACAUCAGCCGUGGCUCCAUGUCCCACCCCCCGGCCACAUCACCCCUAGAGUCGAAUCAGAACGAGACCCUUGGCUUUAAAGUUGAGUCCUUGGGUCCCACGAUGAAGUGCUGGUCUGUUACAGUUUACAUGUGGGUCAACCUCUCACCUGAUGCCACAGAACCACUGGGAAUCCCUAGGACGUGCUCCUUCUCCAUGGAGGACACGGGCCCCCUGAGCGGUCAGCCUGCAGACGCGACGUUGCCAAAGGGAAGUAUCGUACGCUAGAAAUGCUAGAGUUUGCCAGGAUGUGUAUAUUUUUUUAAUAAUAUUUUUACUUCUGAAUCUUAAAAAUAUAGGUCAUUGCUUGUUUUAAAACAUGGGAAGGGCCAGGGCUGCAGGCACAGCCAAAAAUUAAUAACUAAAUAAAACGGGAAGGCUACAAAGUGGAAUCAUUGUCUAUUCCUUUAUCAGAUACUCUUAAUUAAAACAGACAGUGGUGGCUAGUCCUGGGUGUCACCGAGAAAGACACCCUAGGCGGCAGCUCUCGAGCUGGAUGCCCUGGUGGUUGGGAAACAGGAUUUCAGUCCCAGCCACUGGGAAUCAUUCUGUCUUGUAGUUGCAGUGCACCUGCACACGUGUAAUGAGAGCAUCUUAUCACAUAGAAGAUGCAGCAGAAUGAACGUCCCUACGACACGCCACUGCCUCGUGAGGAUCAUGCUCCAUCUUUAAAACAUGCCAAGGCGAGGCUUAAAAUUUUUAGUACCUGUUGUCAAGUUGUUGCUGCGUUAUAUUUCUUUUAUAACCUUUUGAGUCUCAGGUCGGGAGAUAAGAUUUUUCUGUUUACAGUGACGCAGUAAACUCAACAUGUGUUGGCCACCUUUGGACGGCUGCUCCUGAUUUGUCACUUGAAAAGGGCGGGGUUGCCCACAGCCCAGCCUCCCCACCCCACAGAAAACGUGGACGAGCUUGAAUUGACCUAUACCUACUGAAUAUAAAAUAAUAAAGCCUAAAUUUUAACAUGUGA